AUGCGCGGCAAUCGCCUGAUCAUAGCCAUCGACUAUGGCACUACCUUCACCGGUGUCGCCUUCUGCGAAACUUCGGAUACAGGUGUAGUCGGCAAGACCAUUAUCUUGAUCCAAGACUGGCCGUGUCGCAAUACCAGGAUCGCAACCAAGGACAAGGUCCCCAGCGAGCUCGCGCUGAAGGACUUCGCCAACUGGGGCUCACUCAUCGCUCCAAAUGAACAGCGCCAUAUGUGGACUAAGCUCUUGUUGGAUGACCCCAAGGCUGGCGAAGUAGACAAGAUCAUGAGGGAGCUGUCACUCAGUAGUGAUCAAGGAUCAUCUGCUAAGCCGGUUGAGAUCAUCGCAAAGUAUCUCGCGCAUAUCAAGGCCCAUACGAUCAAGAACCUCGACAUUCACUAUGGAAAAGGCCUCUGGCGAACUCUUCCUCUCACUCUCGUCGUCACAGUUCCAGCUGUAUGGUCAGAUGCUGCCAAGCACUCAACUCUACAAGCUGUCGACAAAGCCGGGUUCAACAACAUCGAGCUUCCUCAGCUGAAGAGGAUCGUGCUUACAACAGAGCCUGAAGCGGCUGCCAUCUACACCAUUCAGUCUAUGCGUGGAGGCAUUCAGGAUGAUCAGUUUGCUGUCGGCGACGGGUUCAUCGUGUGUGAUAUGGGCGGAGGUACAGUCGAUUUGAUCUCAUACCGCGUCGCUGAGCUGGAUCCAACAACAUUGGAAGAAGCUACAGUGGGCAGUGGUGAUCAGUGUGGCGGUAGCUUUGUCGAGCGAGGCUUUAUGAAGUGUUUGGAGCGUCGCCUAGGCACUGCCGACUUUAUCUCGAUCGCCGGAGAGAGAAGUGAAGAUCUUCCUCGUACAUCGCUGUCUCCCAAGCUCUCACGCAUGGUUCAGGACUUUGUGAUGGAGGUCAAGACCGGUUUCUCGGGUCACGAGACCAGCUUUCUGCGCUUACCCGUUCCUCUGAGCUCUGUCGAAGACGACGAGGCUAGAGGUAUCCAAGAUGGUGAAAUCAUGAUCACUCCGGCUGAUAUCAAGGAAAUGUUUGAGUUUCCGCUUCGUCGCACGUACGAACUCUUGCUUGAGCAGAUCGUUCAGGCACGCCGCACUGGUAACGUGAAGCUUAAGUUCGUCUUCAUGGUGGGUGGCUUCUCUGAGUCGCCCUAUAUGUACGAGAAGAUCAAGCUGUUUGCCGAAUCUCAUGGUCUGGUAGCGAUCCGACCUGCUCACGCAUGGUCGGCUAUCGUCCGAGGCGCAGCUGCGAAGGGCCUUGAAGGCGACGGCCGCGCCCAGAUCACGAACCGUAAGUGUCGUAGACACUACGGCACCCAAAUCCGUAACGUAUUCGUCGCUGGCCAGCAUGACGAGGCCGAUGGAUCCCGGUGUUCAUUCACGGGUAUCAAGAUGGCUACAAAACAGAUGAUGUGGUUACUGGACAAGGGUCAAGAUCUCUCUUCGAAGUCAGAGUCGCAUGCGUACUCGGAUUUGCGUGUCUUCACGGUUGCCACGCUGGUAGUCGACUUGAGCGGAGUUCCCCAGAGUGCGUAUGAAGCUUGCACAAGCAUCAGUGGUGGGGCCUACUACGAGUUGAACAUUAAGAUCGAGAUGAUCAUUCAGUCUUCUCUGGAGUUCUCUCUCUUGGUCAAGGGCGUUCGAUACGGAGCCGUUACCGCGACCUAUGCUUAA